UGUGUUGGACCAGAAUCAAGUGACCUUGUACACCUAACGGUGCUUUGGUCCAUAGCAAAGGACUUCAAAAUGAUGUCCUUAGUCCGUGGAACGCUUGAAUUAGCGGAUAGCGCGAGUGGCGUUCCAGAAUACCGUACAAUAGUUUAAUCGAACAACCGUCUCCAUGGUGACAGUUCCAUUGUUUACCCGCAGUGUGUUCCACUCACACUCAUCUGCUCCGUCAGUUCUACAAGAAGAUAAGAGGCGUGAUCUUGUAGUGGGAGAUCUUGACUUUGAGCCAUACACUGGACUUCAAUUGUACAAGAUUAAUUACCCCCUUCUUGGACGGACGUCAAGAGUUGAGGAAAACAUAGGCACCUCGGAGGACUAGGCUGAAAACAAAUCAAACCAUCUGCCUGUCAGUCUUUCGGCGGUUAUCAGAACGUGUUAGUUAACCCCUCGGGCGAGGAAAGCAGGGACACCGCCGAUCUCAACCAGCGCGGCCGUAAAUAUCUCAAGACAGGGGAUUACUCGGCUGAUGACAGGAGGGCUUUACGCUGUGUAACAGAUCCUGAGAGGUGUGAACUUAGGACACAAAAUAGAGAAAGUUAGCGGAUCGCUACAAACGUGUGGAAUUACUCAAACUGCUCGUGAGCACGUAGCUACUAGAAGUUGGCAUCAUCAUGACGGACGUCAGAGAUGCGGUUCUGUUCAUAAGUGAAGAGGACGACAACAGUCCAGUGACAGGAGUAGAAGAUUCGGAUGAUGAAGACAGCGAGUCCCAGACAUUGUAUACGGUGGACGACAUAGAAGAAGGGUUGCGACAGUUUGAAAGACAACGCCACGCUGAGGUCACAGAUCAAGCGAAGGCACCCGACAGCGAAGUUGCGGAACCGAUCUCCAUCCUAGAGAUGGUGUCCAAGAACGCACCUGUCGAAGAGAAGUCAGGAGCGCUCCCUAACGGAUCAGAUCGCUUGUACACCAUCGAAGAUAUCCUGGAGGCUCUGGAGGUGGAAGACAGACAGCUGUCGUUGAAGGAUGAACAGGAGAAAAACAUCAGUAUUAGAACGGAGGAGUCUAAGACAACCGCCAAGGCGAUGAGAGAGGGAUGCAGGAAGCGCAUGAAGGAAGAGGAGCGUCGCAUUCGGAAGCGAACCUGGAGAAAAUAUAGUCUGGAUGACUUGAAGAGCGAGAAGAUGAUCGCUGGGCUUUCAGAAGAGAAACGAGCACCUGUGGAGAAAUAUGACGCCAAGGAGAAGUUAUCUGUUAGGCUUUCACAACUCGGCGGAGAUGAGCAAGAACAGAUGACUGAAUCUGAAGACAAAACGGCUAAGCUUGUGUCGAGCGCUGAGAAGAACCGUGAGAGAAGAAACGCUUUCUUCUCAAGCGGGAUUGUGAAGACAUCCGCGGCAUCAUCUACUCAUGAGAGUAUGGGUGACGUGUCCAAGUCCCUUGUCAGUGAAGCGCAACUCGCGUUGGACGAGAAAGUGUCUGUGGUGCUAUCAAGUCAAGAUGUUGCAGUAGGGGACGGCUGUGAUAGAAAAUGCACGGCGUUUCUCCCAGAAAGGAAAGAUGUGAUCCCAGUUGCAGGAGAGAUCGAGGUCAGCACUUGCAACGUCACUACCAACAGUUUCAACUGCCCCCUCACGGAGAAAACGCGACGUAUGGUCGUGCAUCAGCGCCCUCACCCGACUAGGUGUGACAUUGCAGACGUCACAAGGUAUGAAGACGGGCACAAAUGGGUAUCCCACGUAUCUCACAGCAAGUACGCGAAAUGUCAAGCCAAGAGUGCACAUGGCAAUGGCAUCAGGGAGUCGUCGACGUCAGCUUGCAAUCUACUGGGUACAUCACCGGAAAAUGCAGAUGUAAGACCGUCCAAGAAUGGUCGGGUUCCCUGCCAAGAGGAAACUCGGACGGAAUCAGACUCACACAGCCGUUUGGGUUCAGAAGAGAUUGACGGAUCCGCACAUGAGCAAGACAUGGACAAAGCGGACUUGAAUGCUAAGGGCAAGUUUCGGCGAUUUUUGUCCGGUUUCAUGAGGGCUUGCAGACAGCUAUGCUGUGUCGCUAGCACUGACAGUUCAGAGGAAUGAUAUUUCCCGUUGAAAGUUGCUGAUGACUUAAAGUUUAACCUGUACAUGUUUGAAGUUGAAGUCCAUGGCAAUCGUUUAAAGCUAGCCUUACAACAUUGUCUUUUGAUUACUCACAACGUCAUGAUGAAUUGAUGUCAGCAUGGUCUUUUCUACAAAGAGGAUAUUUUCCCCGACAAAUACUGUCUAUAUAUAAUCCAGGAUCAUACUGUUACAAUCUAACUCAAGUCAAAUCCAGACUUUGAGAUGCUUUGUUUAUGAAUAAAUGGUUCUUU